AUGAACAUUCAGAAAGAAAAGAUAACUGAUGCCACUGAUUUACAACAGAUACAUCUAGAGUUUCAACGAAAACCGAAUACGAGCCUAAAGGGUAACAAUUACGAUAAUGGCAAAGUAACCAAAACCGAAAAGAAAGUCAGAGCAAAAAAAGAUCGCAAAUUAUCAGAGGAUGAAGUGCGAAUGAAUCACCUUUCAUCAGAGAAGAAGAGACGAGAGAAUGUUCGAUUAACGUACGAUGAUCUUGUUAAGGCUGUGCCCGACCUGAGACUGUCAGAGAACCGAUCAGAGUUAAUAAUAUACCAGAAAACAAUGAAUUAUCUUAAUUGGUUAUAUAAAAAAAAUUCUAGAUUAAGAAUGGAAAUUACUGAACGAAAAAGAAGAAAUGAUCUUGUUGAGGAACUGCAUGUUUCCGAAGAACUUGUUUGGGAACUAAAACAAGGAAAAUGA